GGAGUGGACUGGCCGACUCAGGACCCACUUGAGCGCCGCGGGGAGAGCGGCGGUCCCGACGCCGGUGGAGCCGCCGACGAGCAAGAAGAUGAGCCUUAAGUCUGAACGCCGAGGAAUUCACGUGGAUCAGUCGGAGCUCUUAUGCAAGAAAGGAUGUGGUUACUAUGGCAACCCUGCUUGGCAGGGCUUCUGCUCCAAGUGCUGGAGAGAGGAGUACCAUAAAGCCAGGCAGAAGCAGAUUCAGGAGGACUGGGAACUGGCAGAGCGACUUCAACGGGAGGAGGAAGAGGCCUUUGCCAGCAGUCAGAGCAGCCAAGGGGCCCAAUCUCUCACAUUUUCCAAGUUUGAAGAAAAGAAAACCAAUGAAAAGACCCGAAAGGUUACCACAGUGAAGAAAUUCUUCAGUGCUUCUUCCAGGGUUGGAUCAAAGAAGGCAGAAAUUCAGGAAGCAAAAGCUCCCAGUCCUUCCAUAAACCGGCAAACCAGCAUUGAAACGGAUAGAGUGUCUAAGGAGUUCAUAGAAUUUCUCAAGACCUUCCACAAGACAGGCCAAGAAAUCUAUAAACAGACCAAGCUGUUUUUGGAAGGAAUGCAUUACAAAAGGGAUUUAAGCAUUGAGGAACAGUCAGAGUGCACUCAAGAUUUUUACCAGAAUGUGGCUGAUAGAAUGCAGGCGCGUGGAAAAGUGCCCCCUGAGAGAGUUGAGAAGAUAAUGGACCAGAUUGAAAAGUACAUCAUGACUCGUCUCUAUAAAUAUGUAUUCUGUCCAGAAACUACUGAUGAUGAGAAGAAAGACCUCGCUAUUCAAAAGAGGAUCAGAGCCCUGCACUGGGUUACACCUCAGAUGCUUUGUGUGCCUGUUAAUGAAGAAAUUCCAGAAGUGUCUGAUAUGGUGGUGAAAGCAAUUACAGAUAUCAUUGAAAUGGAUUCAAAGCGUGUGCCCCGGGACAAGUUGGCUUGUAUCACCAGCUGCAGCAAGCACAUCUUCAAUGCUAUCAAGAUCACCAAGAAUGAGCCUGCGUCAGCUGAUGACUUCUUGCCCACACUCAUCUACAUUGUUCUGAAGGGCAACCCGCCACGCCUUCAGUCCAACAUCCAGUAUAUCACCCGCUUCUGUAACCCAAGCCGACUGAUGACGGGAGAGGACGGCUACUAUUUCACCAAUCUGUGCUGUGCUGUGGCUUUCAUUGAGAAGUUAGAUGCCCAGUCUUUGAAUUUAAGUCAGGAGGAUUUUGAUCGUUACAUGUCUGGCCAGACUUCUCCAAGGAAGCAAGAAUCUGAGACUUGGUCUCCUGACGCUUGCUUAGGUGUUAAACAGAUGUAUAAGAACCUGGAUCUCCUGUCUCAGUUGAAUGAACGACAGGAAAGGAUCAUGAAUGAAGCCAAGAAACUUGAAAAAGACCUAAUAGAUUGGACGGAUGGAAUUGCAAAAGAGGUUCAAGACAUUGUUGAGAAGUAUCCACUUGAAAUUAAGCCCCCAAAUCCACCAUUAGCAGCUAUUGACUCUGAAAAUGUCGAAAAUGAUAAACUUCCUCCACCACUGCAACCUCAAGUGUAUGCAGGAUGACAGAAAUGCACAUGGGUAGUAUUUAUUUCAGCCUAAAUUGUAGGUAGCCCUUACUACAGUCCACCGAUUGGGAUCUAGGAUAUAACUUAAUUGCUUAUAAAUGCCAGGGCAUUUUUAAAGGUACAGUUUGUGGAGAUUGUUUUGUUUUCUUUUUAUUUUUCCUGGCAAGGAAAACUUAGUAAGUAAUAAAAUACUAUUUAUUUGAGUUACUGAAAUAGGUUCAUUUAAGACUUGUAUGAAAAUUUGGUCUAAAUCUUUUCUCCUACCUGAUUUUCCUAUGUGCUUCCUCUGUGGCGUUUACUGUGGUUUGGUUUUGGGUAAAUAAUUGCCUUUUUAAGGAUUAAAAAAAUGAAUGCUACAUACAAAAUGUAUGUAAGGGAAUUCAGUGUUACCACUGUUUCACAGUUUGAAAUAAUUUUAUAAUUGUAAAGAUAGAAAAUAUAUUGAUAAGUAAAUAUGUAAAAUUGUAAAUAUGUAAAAAAGGAAUGGUGUCUGCUGUGCAUGGCAUUUCCUAUGUUGAUUUUUGGAGUUUAAAAUGAAGUCUGUUGAAUGUUUACCUGUAUUUGGUUUGCCCCACUAAAACAACCCCGAAAGUGUUUAGACACCCUCCCCUUAAAUUGGAACUCCAUCUUCAGCAGUGUGAGCCCUAACUGUGGAGUCCAGUGUAGACAGAGAUUAUGACAUCAUUAUGGCUCACAACAAUUUGUAGGUCAUACAAUGUUGCUGUUCAGCAUAAUCGAUUGAGGCCUUUGAACUGUGCUUUCCCCUCGUGCUCAUUCAGCAAAUUUUUUGGAAUUUUUUUAUAUAAAGGAGCAGAUCCUCGGUCUGGGAUGGAAGGCAGGAUAGUGAAUGGGACUUUGAUGGUGAGCGCUGUUGGGGAAUCCCUCCACUGUGUGGUACAGGGAUGCCUGGUGGCCUCCACGUGUUCCUCUGGCUUUGUAGCCCACUUAGACAUGUGACAUAGCAGCCUCUGGGGGUUUUCAACCUCAGAACUGUUGAUGUCUGUGGCCCGAGAAUGUUUUGUUGGAUGGGGGGCUACCCUGUGCAUUGUGCUAUCCUGGUAGCACCCCCAUAGCUGUGAAAUGCUGUCUCCAGACAUUGCCAGAUGUUUCCAGGAGGCAGAAUCACCCCCAAUGAAGAACCACUGGUCUCUUUGGUCACUAGGGAAUUGUCCUCCUGGUGGUUAAUACGAUGUAACCAAAGAACAACGCGUGUUCAGUGCACACUGUAAUGUUAACUGGUGUCCCAUUCAGUGAGGCUCCGUAGCUACCUGAAGUCCGGAACCUUUUCAAAUCUGAGUGGACCCUUUCCUGACCCAAACAGACCCUUGAUGCUGCUGCUUCCAGUCGAUGAUCAGCGACCUGCUGAAGUUGUGAUUCCCCAAAGCACCACCCUUGAGCAGUGGCACAUCACAUAAGCAGUUGAGAGAAGUCCCCUUGUUUUCCCAGUGUCUUCCUCAGUGCACCACAGAUCAGUGUAGCAAUUUUGGAACAGAACUCUUUAUUUAAAUUUCCAAGCUUGACACUUGUAUCAUUAAGCAGGAUUGUCAGCUGGUCACCAAGUUCACGUGGAAGGUCAUGAGUUCCCACAGAUGCCAAUGAGAAUCUUCUCUUAGAGUAGGCCGGGCCCAAAAGAUUUCAGUAGAAAGCUUUCCCUCUCUCUCCUCCCCCUUUUUUAUUUUCCUAUGUACUUUCUAGGUGCUAAUCCCAGGUAUACAUUGUCUUAAUUCCCCUGGAAAUACACAGUUCUUUCAGUUGCACAUUAUGUCUGUUAAAUAAAAUAUGCAUAUAAGCCUUCCACAAAAACUGACUUCUUUGGGUUUCUUGUGUACCUUUAAAAAUAGAUUGUUGAAUUGAUUUUUUGGUAGGUAUCUCCUAUUGGUUGAACUCCUACGAUGCAGACUCUUACUUGCCUUAUGUAGAGGCUUAUAUUUCUCUUAAGUCAGCAUCAAUACAAUGGUCAGAGUUUUUCUCAACAAGAAAGUGUGAUAUUUUAUGUACUGUAAAUGUGAUUGGAAUAAACCUUUGCAACAGAUGCCCUUACCAAUAAAGUUUAAUGAUCUAUUCCUCUUCCAAACAGAUUGGUUUUU